AACUAUUUUACUUCCGUUUUCAGUUUCCAACCAAGCUAUCACACGUCAACCUUAUUUUCAUGUUGAAAUGUCUUUACUUUUGUUAAGCUUCGUUAUCUAUUCGUGUGCUAAUGGUAUGGAAACAAUUGUUAAAACGAAGCAUUUUGACAUUCCAUCACAAGAAACUCCUUUGCCGCCAAAUGAGAAGUUUUUGGACAUUUUUCCACUAACACUGGAUAACUUUACAGAGAGUGUUUUGAAAAACAAGGAUCCCUGGGUAGUGAUUUUCCACGAAGGGUCGAUUCCAAGAGCAUGGAAGACAAUGGCAGCAUCUUUGAGAGGAUCAGCUUGGUUUGGAAUGGUUGAUAUCAAAUCUGAAGAAAAGCUUGUAAAGAAAAUAAAAUAUGAAAAUGGUACAGAUAAUCUAGCUCGUGUUUAUCCGUAUGGUUUACCAGCAAAGAAAAAAGACAGUUGGAAGUAUGUGAAAAAUGCAGAACAAGCAAGAUUAGCUGUAAUUGAAUGUAUACCAGAUACUUCAUUAAAGAUCAAAGGUCGGGAUGUCCAAGAUUUCUUGUUUGAGAGUUUUGCAACAAACCCUUCAAGAUUUCCAGCAGUAUUUUUCACAAAUGAAGAAGAAUCACCAUCUUUUAUCCGAGCAAUUUUUGUGCGAUUUCAGAAAUAUUUCAACUUUGCAAGAUUUGUUUUGCCAACUAUUGAAGACAUGAGAGCCAUUGGACUACAAGAAGAGAUUGUUGACCUUCCUUCAUUGUAUAUUUUAGUAACUCCAGAUGCAGGUCCCACCGACAGAAUAAAUUUUAAUGCUAUAGAAUAUAGACCACAAAUAAUGGGAUCAAUGAAUUAUCCUAAUGUUUUACAGUUUUUGUUUAUGGUUAAUCAUCAGUUUAGACAUCAAUUACAAGGGGAUAAUAAGUCUACUAAUCUUACUAUCAUGAACAUGCAAGAUGUUGUGGAAAUUGAACAAAAAAGAUUUGAAAUUAUGAUAAAAGGUAGAAAACAGACUGUAGCCCCAAAGAAGGUAGAAAAAGUUAAGGUACCAGAUAUCGAAAAAACUGCCACACAACAUAAUGGUAUAAAAGAUGAGUUGUAAGUCUGCAAAAUGCUAAUGUUAUUCUCCGUAAAUAUUUGGUGUUGAUAAAAAUGUGGUGAUUUUGAAGUCAAUGAUAAUGAUUCUUGAAAGUGUAAUGUUAUGAUGAUGCAACAUUAAACAUAAUAAUACAAUAAACUUGGAGACGGUUAGUUCCAAAGCAAACUCAAACUUACUUGAAAAUUUGUUUAAAAAAAACCCACCAGUUUUAAGUGCAGUUUUGAGUUAAAGUUUCUUGGGUGUAAUCAAGGAAUGUUAAUACCUUAAAUGUAAUUUAUGAAGAAACCUUUUUCAUAAGUUUAUGAUUGCAAGGUCUUUAAGCCUGUGCAUUAGACUUUUUAGAUCAGCUUGUAGUAUGAUGAAUGUUGGCCAAAGGAAAGAGGGAACCUAUUUUGUAUAAUUGACGUCAACUACAAUUUUCAACCCAAAGCCUUCAAACUCUCAAGAAUAACACUCAUGUUUGUUAAUGUGAAGUUAACUUUAUGUAAUUAUUUUGGAGAAUUUUCGAACAUUUUCCAGAUGGUCGAACACUACCAAUUUCCUGCAACAUUCUAGAUGGAGGGUAUCUAUUUUGUGUAAUCUACUAUUCAGAUUAAUUUCUUAAAAAAUAGGCAACAAAUUUUUUUGAAUAUUUGGAUAAACAUCAAAGAUGUGCAAGUCACUUUUUUACACAUUUUAAAAAUUUGAUAUUACAGAACUUGGUCAGUUUUCAGCAACUUUGUUUAUCAUAUGGAAUGUAUAUAUUUUGGCAUAUUAACAAUUUUCAUACAAGAAGAUAAGAAAUGUAUACACGAUAUAGUUUGUUCACAGUAUAACAUUUACUGAGCAUUAAAUUCAUUUUAAAGACAAUGUGCCCCUUUCCCCUUAAAUUUCUGCCUAAUUACCUUGACAAUAGAUGUUUUUAGUGUUUUGUUAAACUUUUUUGCCUUGACCACCAGUCAAAGACAUUAUUACGGAUAGUAAUGCUUAAUGUGAAAUACAUGUAUUUAUCAUUCAGAAGUACAAUCAGGAAUCUUAAUGACACUGUUUAAAUGAAAUUAAUUAUUUUCAUCUCU